UCUGUUUCCAAUCAGUUUUCUGUAGGACGAAGGAGCAGAGAUUUCCUUUGGAAGACUUUCAUCAUAGUAGCAAUACAGAUUACAAUCGUGUGGGAAAUCUGCGCUCUCGUGUUACUUGUUAAGCAACUUCAUGAAUGGAUGUUAGAGAGUUCUUGGUUUUCAUGGAUGUGCGGAAUUCUGGGAACAGGUCUACAACUGGAGAUGCUGCUAAUACCGCAGUUACAGUCCGCCUACCCCUACAAUUAUGUCUACUUGAUAGUUGCUACAAUAAUCAUCGCCAUUCCUGCAGCUGUUCCACUCAUCGACUUACGAUUCUGGUGGACAUUUAUCACAUGGAUAAUUACUAUGAUUAUUGCAGGUAUUGUAGUUGCUGUUAGUGUCAUCGCAAGAUUCGAUGUACUCAAAAGUCUGAAAGAGUUCAUACUUGUCACUUUCAUUGUGGAAUUAUCCUUUGUUACAAUAUUCUUCCCUUUCAUACACUUCCAGCUAUUUGACAUGCUCAUAAUACUGUGUGGAUUCGC